AUGCGCUUCAACCUCAAAAACUACCUCUUGUAUUCCACAUACUGCUGUUGCUGCAUACCCGUGCGAUUUGGAUUCGUGCUAGUGACCUUUCUGUCCUUCUUGUUUUCUGGUGUACUAUCCAUUUUGGUGUGGUUUGAACUCUCUCGUGCGUAUUCUUAUUCGCUCACUAGUAAGGAGAAAACUGCGUUUUGGGCUGUGGGUAUUGUAGAAACCAUAUUGUUUGCUGUGUCCAUCAUGGGAUUCAUUGGCGCAGUCGCACGCAAGCAACGGUUUGUCAAGAUCUACAACUACUUCAUAUAUAUCCAUCUUUUCCUCAAUAUCAUUGUCGGCAUAUACUUCCUCGUUACCAUCCGCCAGAGCAACCGACAACAAUUAGUUGACGAAUGUUACGCUUGGUUCAUCAACAAUCCGUCCCAGUCAAACUGCCAAAACCUUAUGAACGUCUCAACAUACGUUUUCAUCGCUGUGGUAUCGUUUGUGUUACUUCUUGAACUAUACGGUGCUCUCAUCGCCACUCGUUAUCUGAACGCACUCACAAAGCAGAAGAAGGUCGAGUACAAUCGCACACUGGGCUUAUACCACGCUGUCGCCAACAUCCCUCCCCGUCAUUCUCGCAAUACCAGUGGCAUGUCUGAUGACAUAGAAUUGCUUCAUCCUCGAGACAGUAGUGGGACUACUUUUUCGUCGAUCGGAGCACCGUAUGACCAUGGUGAUGAGGUUCUCGACAUAACCCAUCAACCUACAACCUUCGAGCCUGCUCCGACGCAUAACUCCGACAUGCUCUCCCACAGCCAACAGCCAUCACAGUCGUCGAGUUCUCCCGCUCGUCGUCAGCUACCAUCUCAGCCGAGCGCAUGCCCUUCAUCUAGUUCUUCUUCAUCUUCACGAGGCUUCCGUGCACUUCCCCCGCGACCUUCGAGUAGUCUGGUUACUGAAAUCUCAUCGACUCGCAAGUCGUCGCAGGCACAUGCACAUCGGGCAACACAUUCAACGAAACCCUCUGACCCCCCAUCGAGCUUCUCCUACGAGAGCCGUGAUCCAUCAUCGCAACUGAACAAUGACGUCGAUCAACGGUCAACGUAUUCGACGGAUGUUUCCACAAAUGCACAUGCAGCAUUAAUGGAUCAUGCUUCGUUGAUGUGGUCAAGAUUUUUUCCACCAUCUAAUGCUCCCCCCGUCCCGGAAUUACCGCCACCGUAUCGUUAGUCUCGGACAUAGCAUGGAAUAAUUCCUCGAUGUAUUUGGACUUUGUUUUUUUAAUGCUUUCAUCGCUACCACACACCGUACUCUUACUCUGUUGAACUCAAUGUAGAUCAUCUAUAAUGGAACAGUGAUACCAGAAUUUUGGCUAAAUCUUUGUAGACUAUACUAUUACUAUAGACUCUCCGCUUGUCAAAAGCUGUUUGAGGCUGUUGGACAACAGGUCCAA